AGCUGUACGUGUACACACACAUACACAUACACACACACACACGCCAGAUCAGCGCUGCAGUUUUCUCUCACCAUUACGCUUCGACAAACUCGUGCUCUUGACCUUCCUUUGGGUGUAUCUCGCAACGCAAUCGCGACCAACCUUGCCGUCUCCAUGUCCGAGAGCCACGGCGUCGCCACGGCGGCACCUUCGUCGUCGCCGUCGCCGUUCGCGGCUGCUCUGCCUUAUCCGAACGCGCUGCAAGCGCGCCACACCACUGCGGCUCACCGUCGCACGGCCGCCGCGGCGGUCCUCGGCUACCGGGACGGCCUGGCCGAUGAGCAGGCCCGCCUGCAGAACGACGAGUUGGUGCUGAGCGAGGAGGAGACGGCGCGGCUGCAGCGGCGGGUAGAGUGGCAGCGAUCCGCCAACGCUGCAGCUGCGCAGCUGCGCCAACGCGCGUGUGAUGUGGUGGCGAACCUCCAAGACAGCGAGGACGUCGGCCACGGCAGCAACGAUGACGACGAUCCGCAGCAUACAAACUCGCCGCACGGCACGGAGAACACGAUAGAUGUGUUCCACGCCGCGUGCGACGGCGACGUCGCGGCACUGGCGGCGUGGGUCAGCGGCGUGCCGCCCGCGUCGUUGCCCGCACGCGUGAAUGUGGUGGGCCAGCCAGAUCCGGCGACGUACAACGGCGUGCAGUUCCAGCAGCGGUGGCUCUUCCGCGCCUCGCCGCUGAUCUUUGCGGCUGCCUUUGGGCGCGAAGAGGCGGUUCGGUUUCUGCUCGCCCACGGCGCCGAUCCGGGGGUGAAGUCCAGCACGGGCCUGCGUGCCGUCGACUACGCGGCGAAGCGCCGGUACACCAACAUAGUGGCGAUGCUCCGCGGUGGGCAGUGA